CCUCGAUCCGGCCGCGCGUCCAUCAAUCCAAAUCCACACUCAUAAUGUUGCUCUCUUCAUGACUUAGACGACUGCUUCAGCAUACGGCUUUCACGACCAUCUCACGAUCUAACGACUUGACGACAGCUCUUACGAAUAGCGCAUCGCGCCCAUACCCCUCUGCUAUCCUCGUCGCCUCUUGCUCCUCAUUGCAAUGGACCACGCAUACGCGGGUCAUCGCUACACUCCCUCUCCCCUCUCACGCUACUCAACACAAUACGGGAACGCUCACGCCAAUGAAGACAUCGAUCCAGACUACGAGGAGAGAAGGUUAGCAGACUUUGGCGGUGCUCAUUAUGACGACGUAGCGGACAGCAUCUCAGCCGUUGGCGGCUAUGCGCAUUCUCAACCACAUUCGGUCGCGGCAUACAACCCCUACUUUGCAGGAGCGCCUGCUCAUCCCCCACCACCUCCACGAUCAUCGGUAUCAUGGCCGCAGUAUGCAGCGCCAGGCCAUCAUCAUCAUGAUCCGUAUGGGAUGGCGCCUACCUACCACGACCCGUACGCCUAUGCCCACGCCCCUCCUGGGCGACCUCCAUCCAAUGUCUCAUCCAGCGACCACACCCUAACGCAUCCUAUCUCACUCUAUCCAGCAUCCCCUGCCUCAGAAACACCGCCGGCCAUCUUCGGCAUACAUGCAGCCCACCACAUACCCUCCUCACGCGGGCACAGCUCCUCGCCUAGGGGUGCCGCUGACCGACUCCCCUCCUUCCCACAAUGGAGUGCAACGUGGUAUGAUGGCCACCUGAGCGCGAAUGGUCAUGCCUACACCUCCAUUCGACCUCCUUCGGGCGUCUCAGGCUGGGAGAGCGAAACGAUGACGCGAUCAGGGAAGCACAGCUACAAUCGCCAACCCGGGGCAGGCACGCCCGGCUACGACGACUUUGUCAAGGAAGAGCGGAUCAAGAUGCUUGAGCGCAAAUUUGGCAAACCCAAAGUCAAGCAUCGCGGUGAAGACGAUGGCGACGAGGGAGCCGAGGAGGCAAAAGAGGCAGAGGCAGAUCCAGAUGCCGACCUGUACCCAGGCAGCGUGACGUCGCGAGGCACGCUGGUCUUGCCCUGGCGCAAGACUCUGCUCACCCUCAAGAUCAGCUUUGUCCUCUUCGCCCUCGCUGCAUUUCUCUGCGCCAUCCUAGAUCUGGUCGUCGUCAAGAUACCAACCUCAAGCGACACGCCUGCCAUCAAGAGCAGCUGGGGCUCUUACGUCGUCCAUGCGGCCAGUUUGAUCUGCGCGUUAGGGGCUACGUGGCUUUUCCUCUUCCGACCGUGCUGCUGCGACGCUGGGCGCAAGGCUGUGAAGAUGGGUGAUGGUGGGCCGGGGGCUAGGCCUGCCAGUGGCAUGGGUGGCAUGAUCAUCCCAGUGCUGGCUGGCGCAGGACCUCAGCAGGGCAAGGGCGGCGGUUUCUUUGGCAGAAAGAAGAAGGGACAGAUCAUGAUGGGUCCACAAGCGCCGCCGACAGUCAAUCUCAUAGUGGAUCCGACGAUGCUCGGUGGUGGGCGCCGCAAGGGAGACGAUCGCUCGGACGACGAUACGGACGACGGAAGCUCGGACGAAGAUGAUGAGUGGGACGCACUGCCAGGCGAGUUCCGCCGCUCCUCUCGCCAACGUCGUCGUCGCCGUAGACAUAGUCGUGGAGGCGGUGGCUUCCUGGCACGGAUGCGGGCGGAACGUCUUCACUCCUUGGCGCUUGGCUCUCUCCUACACACGCUGCUAUGGCUCACGGGCUUCUGCAUCGUCGUCCUCGCCGCUCUGUGUGCCGCUCUCUUCAUGAGUGGAGGCAAAGCGACGAGUUGCAGUGCGGGCAAGGCAGCUGGGGCGUCUACCUGGUGCAGCAUCUGGGCUUGUGAGCUCGCUAUGCUUUUCCUCGCCUUGUUUGCGGGCGUGGGAUAUGCGUGCUUUGGCAUCGUGGGAUACCGGUGCGGGAAGAGGAUGGCGGGGCGUAUUGGAAGAGAGGCCGCACUUGCGUGAUGCGGCGCCCGUCAAUGAAGCAAAGCCCUUCUGCCUCGAAUCGACUUUACUGAGUGAUGUGUUUGACAUUAGCAUUUCCAGCCACCCUAACACCCCUCCCUUCACGCUGCCGGAGGGGGCGGCGGUGGCGGUGCCGAUGUCGACUCUGCUGCAGCUCCUCCUCCCUGUCCUGCCUCGCCCACAUUCUUUGCCAACUGCUCCCAUUCGGCUUCGAUCCUCUGCUUGGCCCUUACAACCUUUGACUGCAUAUAAAACGAUCCUGAUCCACCGCCCUUUUGUCCUUUGGGCGCGGGCGGGGCAUUGACGGCGAAGAGGUGGUCGUACGUCUUUGCCAUCCUUUCUCUCGCAACCUCAAUUGCUUCUCCCU